AUGGGGAGGUACCCUACCCUUACCCUCCUCCUCCUCGCCGCCGCCAUCGCCGGCGGCCGCUGCGCGCCGGUGUACAGGGCUAACUACCUGGUGGAUGGGAACCAGCUUGUGGAUAUGCAGUACCACAUGGGCCCCGUCGUGUCGGGAUCGCCGACCAACCUGUUCCUCAUCUGGUACGGCCAGUGGGAGGCCCCCGCGCAGGCCGUGCUCCGCGACUUCCUCGCCUCCCUCUCCGCGCCGGCGCCGUCCCCCGCCGUCUCCGACUGGUGGUCCCACACGCCGCGGCUGUACACUGACCAGACCGGCGCCAACGUCACCGCCACAUUCGUCGUCGCCGGGGAGCACUCCGACGCCGGGUACUCCCACGGCGCCUCCCUGAAGCGGAUCGACAUGCAGUCCAUCAUCCGCACCGCCGUGGUGGCGUACCCGGACCCGCUGCAGCUCGACCCGUACAACGGCGUCUACCUGGUGCUCUCCUCGCCGGACGUGCAGGUGGAGGAGUUCUGCCGCGCCAUGUGCGGCUUCCACUACUUCACCUUCGCGUCCGUGGUCGGGGUCACCGUGCCGUACGCGUGGGUCGGGAACAGCGGCUCGCAGUGCCCCGGCCGGUGCGCGUACCCGUUCGCCGCGCCCGCGCCGGGAUACGGCGGGGGCGGUCAGGGGCCGGUGCUGCGGCCGCCGAACGGCGACGCCGGGUUGGACGGGAUGGUAAUCGUGCUGGGACAUGAGCUGGCGGAGCUGGCCACCAAUCCUCUGGUCAACGCGUGGUACGCCGGGGACACACCGACGGCGCCCACGGAGGUCGCCGACCUCUGCGUCGGCAUGUACGGCGACGGCGGCGGAGCCGGCGGGUUCGUCGGGAACGUGUCCCGCGCUGCCGACGGAAGCUCCUACAACGUCAACGGCGUCAACGGCCGGCGAUUCCUGGUGCAGUGGCUCUGGAACCCCGUCCGCGGCGCGUGUUACGGGCCUAAUUCCAGCAACUGACGCCGCUCUUUCCCCCCGGAUCCGUGGCUUCUCUCCGUUGAUGUCAUUGCGCUCGAUGGCAUUGGAGAGGCAGCAAUGGCGAUCCCAUGGAUGGAUGGGUAUGGCAUGAUACUUGAUACAGACCCCGAUGUCUGAAACAUCAUUCAGACUCGAUCUGUUUCUUUCUGGAGUCCGGAUUUCUUAUGGGUUUAUGGAUUUUGAUCGAUCUGUAAGAGGAAGACUAUGCAAUUCUUUUGCAGGAAGAGGAACGAAUUAGUCUGUCUGUAAUGUAUUUUCAGCAUAGAGUAUGAUCGAUUUUCAGCAUAGAGUAUACUACAA